CUGACACAUAAACGAGAAUGAACUCAGGAUUACAGCCCAAGGGAGAAUGAGGAAUUAUAUUUCUUACGCCAUUACUCUGUUUCAGGAGAAAGGUGACAAUGAGAUUGUACUUAAAUCCACGGGCAGAGUUAUCAACAAGACUGUCAUGAUUGCUGAAUUAAUUAAGAGUAGGAUUGCUGGUCUUCAUCAGAACACAUCGACUGGAUCGUUAGACAUAACUGACACGUGGGAACCACUGGAAGAAGGCCUUCUUCCCCUAGAAACCACUCGCCGUUGAAGACACUAG